CCAGCUCGACUUGCAAACCUCACGCACUUCGCAGUUUCAGCCUCAAUAUGGCCUGUCUUGCAGCAUAGCAUCGCAUUUCCACUCGUUUCUGCUGCUGUCACAGCGCCUGCGAUUGACGCGCUACUUCUCUGCUGCACUCUUCAAUUGUAUUAAUCGGAUUGAAUAGGAAUAGUGUGCCGAGGGGAGUAGGAUUUGUUAGUUGCUUGUGGCGCUUCACGCUUUCCCUCAUUUUCUUCUUCUGCACCGUUGUUGUGGUGGUUCUUAGGAGUAAUUGCAACGUUAGUUUGAUUUGGCUGGAAAUUUUGCUCGAGUGUGAUUUAAUGGUGCCAGGGUUUGGGUCUUUCUGGUGGUAGCGAGCGGGUCUUAAGAAAAGAGGGUGUGCAUUUGCGGGUUGUUGGAGUGAGGCGACGUCAAUGUUUACAAUAGUUAAUUUUAUUUUCGCUUAAAUCUUUUUGAGAAAGUGAGGAAAGUGAACUCGGGUCAAUGCGGAUGCAUACAAUGAUGUGAAAAGGAGUAGCGCGAUAUUCUGGUUUUUUUGCCGCGUGAGAUGAUGGAGGAGGGGGGUGACUCGAUUGCUUUGGACAUGGACAUUGUGCCGUCGGGUGGACAGGAGUAUAUGGUACCGACGUCGUUUGGGCAUAUUUCAGUUACUGUAUGCGGGGAUCAAGAUAAACCCGCUCUCGUUACCUAUCCCGACGUAGGACUAAAUUAUUUAUCUUGCUUUGAAGGACUAUUCUCUUGUCCAGAAGCCUCGUCGGUGCUCUUCUUCAACUUUUGCAUUUUCCAUAUAAACCCCCCCGGUCACGAGAUUGGGGCCUCUCAAAGUGACUCUGAGCUCUCUUCACUAUCCGUAGAUGAUUUAGCUGACCAAGUGGCGGAAGUAUUGGAUUAUUUUGGGCUGGAGGAGGUGAUCGGCAUGGGAGUCACCGGCGGAGCGUAUGUUUUGAGUCUCUUCGCUUGCAAAUAUACCGAACGUGCACUCGGGUUGAUUCUGGUGUCACCUCUCGCCCGAAGUCCAUCGUGGACUGAAUGGCUGCACAAUCAAGCUAUGAUAAGCCUACUUUACUUCUGCGGCAUGACCGAGUUUGUUAAGCAGAGAUUUAUCCAACGGUACUUCAGUUCGGAAGUUCGCGAUGCUGCUGCUUCUGUGGGGGGAACAGACUUGUUAGCGACCAUCCGUCGAGUCAUGGAUGAUGGACGCAGUGAAAGCAUAAUGCAUUAUCUGCAAGCUAUUCAUCACAGACAGGACUUGACCGAAAGUUUAAGAAACUUGAAAUGCCGCACAUUGAUCCUGGUUGGUGAUCAGUCUCCCUUCCAUCAGGAAGCUCUACACAUCAGCGAAGCUAUGAAUAAACGCUACAAUGCGUUGAUUGAGGUCGAAGGAUGUGGAUCUAUAGUUACUGAAGAGCGACCACAGUCUAUGUUGGUGCCAAUCGAGUUAUUUCUCACAGGCUAUGCGUUUUAUGAACGGCCGCUAAGAUCUCUGAAUUCGAGCCCCAGAAGUCCGUUGAGUCCACCCUGCAUGUCUCCCGAGCUCCUCUCUCCGCAGAGCCUCGGACUGAAGUUGAAGCCCAUCAAGACGCGCGUCUCUUCACCUGAGCACUAGCACGCACCACAACACUGAAUACUUUUGCAAUAUAUUCUGGUGUUGGGCGUCUCGGACCAUUCUCUGAGCACCGCGCUCCACAUCAUUCAGUGCCGCCAUCAUGUACCAUUCCUGUAGCGUUAUCCCCCGAGAGCCUAGUUUGCACAUUACGAGAACCCAAUAAAGUGUGGCCAGCAUCUCCUCUACUCUGCCUGAGGGGCGAGAUGCUCCUCACACAAAGUGACUGCGGAUUCAUGAUUCAUUGCAAUGAAAUUUUUGUACAUUAGCAUUGCCCCUCACUUACUGACUGUCGAAUGUUAAACUCCUGCAGAAUAUAUUGAAUAUAAGUACUUAAUAUUGAUCAACUAA